GAAGCUGGGCCCUUGACGACGACGAGAAAUCGCUAGACAACAUUUCGCAACUCCCACUCGGGGGGGAAACCGCCGGUGGCUCGCGGUGUGCGCGCGAUUUUUUAACGCUCCUUGCGAGGGGGGCAAGCACACGCAAAACAGAGUCGAAGCCGAGCUCGGCAAGUGGACCGGCGCACCGGGACAGGCCUCCAUUGAUGCACCGCGUGUUGAGAAGAGCAGUGCGUCUCCAGGAUUAACUUUCGUGACAAGAGGUAUCCGAGCAACGAGCAUGCGCACCGGGAUACUGGGCGCAUUGGUAGUGAUCUCCUUUGUGAGCACAACUGCUGUCACUGCAGACAACACGACCAUUCUCGUGCGAAGCAAGAGGCAAGGCAUUCUAGGGUCACUGUUCAAGCCUAUUCUGGAUGCCGGCAAGCCCAGGCAACAGGAGGAGCAACAACAGGGUGCCGACUAUCCCCACGGAGCGCCCAUCCAAGACAAGAAUGUCGUGAACAAGUUCUUAGAGAACCUUCAGCGCUCGCAGCACAACUUCAACGUCCCGCGAAGGCGCUCCUCCUUCUUUGGACCAGCCAUCAACGCGCUGAGGCAGUUUCAAAUAUGCACCACACCACUUACAACACCCGGCAAGUGCCGCUACGUCAGGGAAUGCGUGCUUCCCGCGUUUCUGGAGAACUUCGACGUAUUUCUCCGUUACUCUUGUGUGAUCGGCAAUCGCCACCUCGGCGUGUGCUGUCCAGACGAGUUCUUCGGCAACAUCCUGAGUCCGCGCAAGCCUCUAUUUCCCAUUAUUAGCGGACUGCUUAACAUCGGCAAGAACCCAUCCAGACCGCCGCCCGUCCAGAAUCCUGACUACGACGAUGGUCCCGGUGACCCCAACAUCCACCAGCCGUUAACGCCCGACGAGCAAGUGGACGGGCACGGUGGGGUGCCGCCAAACAAUCAGCCGGUGCAGCCCCAGCCUCCAGUCAAUCCCCAGCCUCAACGCCAGCCACAACCGCAGCCCAGUCCCGCACCACAACCGAAGCCAGUGCAGCCGAAACCAGUGCAACCGAAGCCGGUGCAACCGAAGCCGGUGCAACCUCCGCCGGUGCAGCCGCCACCGGCGCAGCCCACACCAUCGCGGCCUCUACCGAACAACUCGCCGACAGCCAACGCACCUAUCCAGUUCCCGGAUGACGACGAGGAGGAGGCGGAGGGGCACGAUGCACAAGCGCAGAAGCCUCCGUCCCGGCCCCAGCCUGACGGCGGCCAGACUAGUGAACGUCAGAAGCCGCUGCCUCCGGUGCCACCUGGACUGGCCCAACUGACGAAGUCGUGCGGCUUAAACUUCAAGACUAGGAUCGUGGGUGGUACUAUCGCCAAGCCUGAUGAUUGGACAUGGAUGGCUGCUCUUUUGCGGAAGGCGGAUGAUGACCAGUUCUGCGGCGGCGCUUUGAUCAGUGAUCGAUACGUCAUUACAGCGGCCCAUUGCACGCAAGGACUUCGACCGCAGAACAUCACGGUGCGGCUCGGAGAGUACGACUUCAAGCAGAACACAACGAGCCGGCUGCCUCGAGACUUCAACGUGUCGCGCAUCCGGCAGCACCCGGAGUUCCGCAAGGACACCUACCAGAACGACAUCGCGCUUCUGCGCAUGAGUCGCCGUGUGCGCUUCUCCGAGAACAUCCGGCCCAUCUGCCUGCCCAAGAGUCCCGACGAGUCCUUCCUCGGCAAGCUGGCCACCGUUGUCGGCUGGGGAACGCUGUCCUUCGGUGGUCCAUCGAGUUCCAUUCUGCGGCAAGUAUCGCUGCCGGUGUGGGACAACACAGAGUGCAAGACCAAGUUCACGCAGGCCAUCCCCAAGAUAUUCCUAUGUGCCGGCACACGGGAAGGUGGUCAGGACGCCUGCCAGGGAGACUCCGGAGGGCCUCUGAUGGUUGAAGGUGAAAGCACUCAGUGGACGUUGAUAGGUGUUGUGUCGUGGGGCAUAAAGUGUGCCGAAAAGGGCCUGCCGGGUGUCUACACGCGGAUAACCGAGUUUCUCGGCUGGAUCUACGAGAAUGCUGUGUGACACACGCGCGAGGAAAAGGAGCCGAGGAAGAGAUCAACACUCACAAGCAAUCAACUCAUGUUCAGUCAUCUUCAUACUUCUCACCUGCGAAGCAGCAAUCCUAGGAAGCCGUUUCAAGAGUGGAAAACGACGGGGGCCAUUCAUCACAUAGCUCACGAACUGGGUAUACUCUGUAACGUCUCAUCCGUGCUGAAAAACAGUUUUCAGUGAAUAAAAUGAUGAAAUUACAUAAGGCAA